UCCCGUUCCGCGGUGACUGCUCCGACUCCGACUUCACGGACCAUUGAUUGCUCCGACUCCGACUUCACGGGCCGCCGAGCGGCGCGGAAAAUCCGACUCCAACUCGACUCCUGCUCCUGUUCUCUGCGUAUAUAUAAUCACCCAAUCCUCCUCCGAUCCCCCGUACCUUGUCACAGUUCCCGGCUGCGAACGCGCAGGCAUCAGCGUCCAUGGCUUCCAAGCCGGCUCUUCCACCAGGCUUCCGCUUCGUGCCCACGGACCAGGAGGUCAUCGUCUACUACCUCCUCCGUCGCAUCCGGGGCCAGCCCCUCCCCGUCGGCGACAUCGUCGAGGAUGAUCCGCUGAGCGCGCCGCCGCGGUUCCUCCUGGAGAAGCACGGGCGGAAGCGGGACGCCUUCUUCUUCGCGGCGGGGCAGGCCAUGAACGGCAGGGGCAGCCGCCAGAAGCGGAGCUGCGCGGGCGGCGGGACCUGGCAGGGCCAGGGCAGGAGAAAGGGCGCCAAGGGCGGCGACGGCGAGAGGCAGCGCGUGCGCGUGGGCGGCGAGGAGAUCGAGUGGCGGAAGUACGCGCUCAACUUCCACGAGGACGACGUCAAGGGCAGCACGGGCUGGGUCAUGCACGAGUACUCCAUCACCGCGCCGCCCAGCCUCGCCGCGUCGCCGCAGAGGGUGUACCGCAUCCGCUUGAGCGGCCACGGCAGGAACGCCCAGAAGCGCAAGAGGAGUGAGCUCGACUGGGGCAGCGACGACGAGGAGGCGGGGGAGGAGUACCACGCCGCGGCACGCGCCGCCACCCUUCCCGCGGCGGCAGAGGCCGGUGCUCCGUUCGCCGGCGAGUACCCGCCGGCACAGCUGCAGCCCGAGCCCAUCGGCACUCUUCCCGUGGCGGCGGCGGCAGAGGCCGGUGCUCCGUUCGCCGGCGAGUACCCGCCGGCACUGCCGCAGCCAGAGCCCGUCGGCACUCUUCCCGUGGCGGCGGUGGUGGACGCUGGCAACGGGGAUCCUUCUGGGUGGACGGAAGACGGGUCGAGCGGCGCAUUGUCGGCGGCGGUGUCGUCGGCGGAUCAGGACCUGCCUGCGCUGGUGGACGGCGGCGAUGAGUGGAACUUCAUGUUCUCUCUCAGUGAUUUGCUGCCCGAUUUCGACUUCUUCUCAGGGGCGGCUGAUGCUGGAGAGAAGACCCCAUCUCCGAUGGUGCCAGCAGCAUGA